AGCCCUUUCCAACCCUUCAUGGAUCAUCUUCCUUCCCUUCCUCCAUCGAACAACAACAGCUUCAACAACACCAAACAAAGUAAUAGCACAAAACAGAGCGACAACAGCAGAACAGAUCUGCAUCUGCUCUCAACCACCACCAUCAACAGCCCCUUCCAGCCCUUCGCGGUUCAACUUCCUUGCCGGCCACUAAACAACAGUAGCUUCUUCACCGAAUAGAGCAGUAGCACCAAACAAAGCUGCAGCACUGAACAGAGCAGCAUCUGCUGCUCACCUUCCUCUCCUUCCCAGUGGGUAGAAACAACCUCUUUUCAUCCAUCGAACAGAGCAGUAGCACUUUCCUCUCCUUCAUCCACCGAACCAAGCAGCAGCAGCAGCAAAACCGAGCAGCACUUGUUUCCAGUGGGUAAUAAUUGCAGUUUUAUCUU